CAUUAAAUCUUCUCUAAUUUCCUUAUAAGAUUCAGUUGUGAAUCUAUCAGGACCUGGGCUUUUUUUUGUCGGUUAUGUGUUUCAUUACCAUAGGAGCUCUCACAUUUGCAGGUGUAUUUGAUAGCUAACAUUUUUUCUUUCAUUUUUCCUUUCAUUAUUAGUGCCUGUAGAGCUCUCAAAAUAUUUGUGGUCAGUACAUUUCAUGUGCAUUUUCAUCAUAUGCGUACCCCCAUUUCGCUCCCUUAUGCCGCCUUUCGGGUCACUGAGCCAUAGGGUAACAUGGCUUCUCUAAUUUCACACCUCUUAGAUGUUCUCCAGUAGGAAGUGCAGUGGUUUUCAUUAGCUUUCCAAGUUAUCAUUCAUAAAUUUUGCUUACUGUUCAGUUAAGCAAAUACUGUCUCCUAAUUUUCCUUCUUAUUCUAAUAACUUCUGCGAAAGCAGGUUUGUCUAUGAAAGCAGAUUAAAAUUUCAAAAUGCUGUCUAAGUAGAAUCAGAGAAAGAAGGGGUCACUUCCUUCAGCAUUAACUUGAGAAAAAAGAUAUUUUCUUCGACCCUUUAGAGUAUUUUUUCAGAUAUUUACCUACUUUACUAUUUUCACUUGGAGUCUAAUUUGCAGACUCCUUCUAUAACCCAUGUUUGGUGACCUUGCACAAGUAAACCUGGGUAUAACCGACAGGGGGAGCAGUGUUCCCAUUCCACUGUUACUUGAGCGCUGAAUUGUGGUAUAGCAUCUAACUUGCUGUGUGAUGAGUACAAAUGGAUGGAGAAUAAAUGUUUGAUGACCAGACAUGAAGUACAGAUCUGGAAAACUCAGCGUCAUAUGAGCUUUUUGUGAGUAGCAUUGAGAUGUUUCUUGCUGUGACUCCCACUCUUCUUCCUGGAAAUGCCUGUCUGGUGAUGUAGGAGGCCAUGACCUUCGAGGAUGUGGCUGUGAACUUCUCCAGGGAGGAGUGGGCUCGGCUGGAUCCAUCCCAGAAGGAGCUCUACAGAGAAGUGAUGUGGGAAACUCUUAGGAACCUGGCUGCUGUCGGAAGGAACUCAGAUGAUCAGCACAUUCAAGAUGAGUGCAGAAAUUGCAGGAAAAAUCUAAGAGGUGAGGAGGCGGAGAAAUCCCCUCAAUGUAAAUUACAGUACCAACAUCGUGUCACGGUUUCUCAGACCUCAGGUACCAGUGUGCGCAUGAAAGCUUUUGGCAUAAAACCCGGUGACAGCCUUUCCUGUAGGAGGCUCCGGGUUGGUCCUUCAGCAGCAGAUGGACUCAUCAUAGCUAACACUGCACUCAAACCACAUGAGCAGCAGGGGUUUCAAGAGAAGCUGUCUAUGCGUGAGAAACAUGGCAAAGCCUGCACAGAGCUGCAGUCCUUUGAGAAAUAUGCAAAGACAAGUCCUGUGGAGAAAGCUCGUGAAUAUAUGCCAUGUGUGAAAUCCUACUCUGAUUGCACUGAAGUAACUACCCUCGAGAAGAAGCCAGAUGUCAUGUCAUUCAUGACACCCCACAGUGUUCAAAUUGGGAAAAGAUGUCACAGUGUGAUGAAUAUGGAUAUAUGUGUGCCAUGGGAUAAAAGUUUUAAUUCUCUCCAAAUUCAGACACAUCAAAAAGCUCACUCUGGAGAAAAAACCCAUAUCCAUAAAAACUAUGGAAAAUCCUUCACUACAAAUUCAUUAGGGAAUCACGAAAGAACUCACAGGGGGGAGAAACCUUAUAUAUGUAAGCAGUGUGGGAAAGCCUUCAGCAAUCACAGUAAUCGUCAAGUCCAUGAAAGGACUCACACUGGGGAGAAACCCUAUGUAUGUAAGCAGUGUGGGAAGGCUUUCAGCACAAGUGUUGUUUGUCAAAAUCAUGAGCGGACUCACACUGGGGAGAAACCCUAUGCAUGUAACCAAUGUGGGAAAGCCUUCAACAGAAAAGAUAACUGGCGAAUACAUGAACGGACUCACACUGGGGAGAAACCUUACGCAUCUAAGCAAUGUGGCAAAGUUUUCAGCACAAGUGGCCCUUGUCAAAAUCGUAAGUGUACUCCUACUAGGGAGAAACCCUAUGUAUGUACACAACGUGGGAAAGCUUUCAGCAGAUGAGAAAGUUGGCAAAAUCAUGAAAGCACUCACACUGGGGAGAAAUCCUGUGUAAGUAAGCAGUGUGGGAAAGCCUUUGUCACACACAGAGAUUAUGUGAGAAACUUUGAGCAGAAAAAGAUACUUGUCAAGAAUAUGAAAGAAGCCAGAGUAAGAGAAAUCCUGUGUGUUAGCAAUGUGGGAAAGCUUUCGGAUAACACAGACGUUAUCAACCACAUAUAUGGUCUUACACUGGGAGAAUCAAUAUGUAUGUAAGCAAGGUGGGAAAGCCUUUAGCACACUCAGACAUUCUCUAGCAUAUAGAAGGACUCACACUCCAGGAGAAACACUGUGUAUGUGAACAGUGUGGAAAAACUUUCACCACACAAUGUGUUUGUCAAAGAUAAGAAAGAAGUCACACUGUGGAGUACACUUUUAUAUGCAACCAACGUGAGCCAACUUUCAGAUCACACAGUCAUUGUGAAAGACACUAAGGAACACACACUGUUGAAAUGCUGUGUAUGGAAGCCAGGUGUGAGUGCAUUCAGGACACAGAGGCAUUUGCAAAUACAUAAGUUACACCUGGGAGGCAGUCUGUAGGUACAGUAAGGAAAAGCCUCUUCCGUGAGCAUCAUGCACAUUAUCAAGAGAGGAUACAACAGCUGAAUGUAUGAAGUGACUCAGACCUGAGAAAGACUGAGGAGAUCCUUUGCUUUUGACCAAUAUGAAAUCUCCUUCAGGCCACACACACAUUAUUACAUACAUGAAAGAAGUCAUACUGAAAACUCAGAACUUCUGUGAGCAAUGUGAGAAUUUUUAUUUUUUUAAU